AUGGACAAUCCACAACAACGAGAUCUUGUGACUCAACUCUACGAACACGUAAAAUCUAUUCCAACCAUUUCAUCAGGAAGUUUCAUUGCAUCAUCAUCAUGGAUGAAUGAUUCUCUCAACACUUCCUCGAUUGAAUUGUCUUGCUCCUAUUCCGAUUAUCAAAAUGACAAGAUGAUCAAUAUUCUCAAGCAGUAUCAUGUUUUUUUGAAUCAUUCGGGUAUCAGCAGCGAUCAAGCCGUUGUUUCAUCUGUUUUUCCAUCCAUUGUACCAUCCGAAAUCCAUGCCUCUUCAAUUUCUCCAAGUGGACAACGAAAGGCUCUCUUUAAAUGUAUUUCUCAGGAUGGAAAGCCAAACGCUCAGACAGGAGCACUCGAUUAUCAAAUUGAAAUCUAUGCAAAUCAAUUAUUACAAACCAGAGUUUUGGUCAAGGAUGUUCAUGGUAAGCUCUUUACCGAUGAAACGUUUGCAAGAGUUUCUUGGUCCACGGAUGAAAACAAAAUUCUCUAUGUUGCCGAGUUGAAGCAAGAAAUUGUAAAACCCUAUUGGGAGAAACCAAAGCCAUCAGGAUCAGAUAAUAAUGGAUCUUCUAGCUCUUCUGUACAAUCGAAUUUUGAAUUCAAGUAUGAUUAUGAGCGGAAGGAGGAUUGGGGAGAACAAAUUUUGUUAAAGAAUCCUCAUCUUUAUGAAUUAGACAUCAAAGCUAAACAGGUCACACACAUUGAUUUGAUUCCAAAUAAUGUCAGUGCUGGAUCUCCUAUUUAUUUGAAAAAUUCCAAUCAAUUUGUUUAUGUUGGAUAUGACAAGCCAGUUCGAAAGCUAGGACUGAAGUAUUGUAUGCAACGAGACGCCAAAUUGUUUUAUUGUGACCGACAAAAGGUCGAUCAAAUAGCCAAACAAUUUAGAGGUGUCAGAAGACCAGUCUUUUCUCCUUGUGGUACUAAACUUGCAUUUUUAGCCUAUGGUAACGAUGUGAACUAUCACAAUUCAACUUCAAAGCUGGUCACUCUGAAUUGGAAUGAGAGCAAAACCGAUUACCAAGUGAUUGUAGAUAUUGUGCAAAAAGUAUCAGUUUCCAAAGAAGUAGAAUUGAUGCAAGUUUUCCCUGGUUUGUACACGGCUGAACUGCCGCUCAACUGCUGGAGUGCCGAUUCAAGGUAUAUAAUUGUUAAUUCAAUUUGGAGGAGUGUCACAUCCAUGCUAUUGAUAGAUACCAGUAAAACAUCAGAAAACGUAAAAAGAGUGUUAGGAAAUGCUGGUUCGUAUGACUCUAUCAUUUUCCUUAAUCAAGACGCUAGCAAGAAAAAGAUUCUCUUCUACCAAACUACUCCAACUUCUCCCUAUCAAAUCUAUGUAGCAGAUAUUAAUUAUGAAAAUGGUGAACUCUCAAAUUUGAGACUGUUAGAGGAUGGGCUUCAAACUCUGGAGGACUCUCUCGUGGAGAAUGCUAGCCUUAGAGAUAAAAUUAAGGAGGUAGCAUGGAAGGUGCUACAUAUCCCAGUCGAGAAGGAGUCCAAUGUAUUUAUGGAUGGAAUUUUAUAUGUACCAAAAACUCCAAAAGGAUUCUUGGGAGCAACCACAUCAUCAGAAGAGAAAAAGCAUAGCCUUAUUGCUUUCCCUCAUGGUGGUCCUCAUUCUGCCUUCAUCACAACAUUUUCUUCACAAAGUAUUUUCUAUGCUCUUUGCGGUUAUGCUGUCUUAUUUAUUAAUUAUAGAGGUAGUGUUGGUUUUGGUCAAGAAUUUGCCGGAUGCUUGCCUGGAGUUAUUGGCGACUUGGACGUCAAGGAUUGUCAUACCGCAAUUCAAUACGUAAUGGAUCAUAAUGUUUUAGAGGUAGAUCCACAGAGCAUUUCAGCUCUGGGAGGAAGUCAUGGUGGAUUUUUGGCAGCACACUUGAUUGGACAGUAUCCUGAUUUAUUUAAAUGCUCUAUCAUGAGAAAUCCUGUCAUUAAUCUCAGCACGAUUUAUGGAGAGAGCGACAUUCCUGAUUGGUGUUAUUGUGAAAGCUUAGGAAACGAAUACUAUGACGAAGCUUAUGCUACCAAAGAUAUGGUGAUGAAGAUGUACGAACAAUCACCAAUUAGUCAUGUCAAUAAGGUGACUGCUGCUGUGAUGUUGUUGGUUGGUGAGGUCGAUCGACGAGUUCCUAAAGAACAACCAAGAGAAUUUUACCAUGCCUUAAAGUUUUUAGGAAAAUCCAAAGAUGUCAAAAUGUUGGUCUAUCCUGAGAAUGAUCAUCCUAUCGCGAAACCAAAUGCUGAAUUUGAUAGUAUGGUCAGCUCCAUAUUGUUCUUGUAUGCUCACGCCAAAUAA